GGGCCGGCCCUUCGGCGGGUUUGGAUCCGGGUCAGUCGGGCGCUAGCUACGAUCUUGGACGGACGAUCUGAAGUGACGGCACCGGAUCCUCGGGACGCGCCAGCUGCGAGGAGUGUUAACGGGAACAUCCAUAAUAGUGUAAAAACUUUCACAAUGAAAUCCGAAGCCAAGGAUGGAGAGGAGGAGAGUCUUCAAACUGCUUUCAAGAAGUUAAGAGUGGACGCAUCAGGGUCCGUAGCAUCUCUGUCUGUUGGAGAAGGCACGGGUGUUAGAACAUCAGUCAGAACAAGUACAGAUGACACCAAACUAAAAACUGCGUGUGCGUCGAAAGACAGUUGGCAUGGAUCUACGAGGAAGUCUUCACGAGGGGCAGCAAGGACCCAGCGUAGACGACGUUCUAAAUCGCCUGUUCUUCAUCCUCCAAAGUUUAUACAUUGCAGUACGAUAGGCGCUUCUUCCAGCAACCAGCUGAAGCACAAAAGCCAGACUGACGGCCCUGAUGGCAGCAGCGGGCUGGGGAUUUCCGCCCCAAAAGAGUUCAGUGCCGGAGAGUGUGCUCCUCCUCCGGAUGCCCAUCCUGCUGGGGCAGCCGCUGAGCCUUUGAGAACUUCGGUUCCAGGGCUCCCAGCGGAGAGUGAAAAGGAAGACUCCUCUGAUGCCACCCAUGUCUCCCACGCAAGUCUGAAGGCCAAUGAUCUCUCUGACUUUCACUCUGUUUCCAAGUUAAACCAGGGCAAGCCAUGUGCCUGCGUGGGCAAGGAGUGCCAGUGUAAGAGAUGGCACGAUAUGGAAGUGUACUCCUUCUCCGGCCUGCAGAACGUCCCGCCCUUGGCCCCAGAACGAAGAACCGUGCUCGAGGACUACUCUCAGUCGUUCCACACCAGAACUCUGUCUGGCUCUCCCCGCUCCUGUUCUGAGCAAGCACGAGUCUAUGUGGAUGAUGUGACCAUUGAGGACCUGUCAGGCUACAUGGAAUAUUACUUAUAUAUUCCCAAGAAAAUGUCCCACAUGGCAGAAAUGAUGUACACCUGAUAGCGGGAAGCAGACUACUUUGCUUUAAACCAAUGAAGGGUUGUCAGCGAUUUUGUGAGUGGCAGCCCUCACAGCCUUUGUGUGAGAAGACAUCUCCUGCUCACUGUGCUUGCAAUAAAAACAUUUCUUGGCAUCUCA